AUGCGGCUCCUCGCACGCGGGACGUGGGGCUCGCUAGCUCGCGCUGCGGGCGAGGGCCGCGCGCUUGCUCCGUUUUGCAUCGUCGGGGCGGAUGCAGGUCAGCGGAUGAGCACGGCCGUCACCACGACGGGCGGGAGCCUAGCCAUUCCUAGCCAGGUGACGGACGAGGUUGGCGCGGGGGGCCGCUCCUCCGUCUCGGGCAUCACCGCCACGGUCUUUGGCGCGACUGGGUUCCUGGGCCGCUACAUCGUCAACCAGCUGGGCCGCAUGGGCUCCCGCGUCAUCAUCCCGUACCGCUGCCAAGACACCAAGUUCGCCCACCUCCAGGUGAUGGGAGACUUGGGGCAAAUAGUGCGCUUGCCGCAGUUCGACAUCCGUAGCGACGCCGCCGUGGCCCACGCGAUCCGGAAGUCCAACGUCGUGAUCAACCUGAUCGGCGCGGACGUCGACACGUGGAAGUGGAAGCUCGAGGAGGUCCACACCGACAUUCCCGCCCGCAUCGCGCGUGCGUGCGCCGAGGCCGGCCACGUCGACCGCCUGCUCCACUUCUCCGCCGCGGGCGCCGCCCCGACCGCCACGUCCCGCCGGCUGCGCACCAAGUUCGCCGGCGAGGUCGCCGUCCGCGAAAUCGUCCCGGAGGCGACAAUCCUGCGCCCGGGCCCUGUCAUCGGCUCCGAGGACCGCUUCUCGCGCCGCAUCGCGAAGAUGGUCCGGCAGUGGGGGCCCCUGUUCCCGCUCGUCGACGACGGCCAGCGCCUCGUCCAGCCGACCUUCGUGAAGGACGUGGGCGAGGUGACCAUCAAGGCCAUGCGCGACCCCGCCGCCAUCGGCCGGACGUACGACCUGGUCGGGCCGGAGACGCUCUCGAUGCUCCAGAUGCUCGACAUCAUCUGCGACGCGCUCAAGGAGCCGCGCGCGCACACCCCCGUGCCCCGGGAGCUGCUGUCGCCGACGAUUGGCAAGUUCCACAGCGUCCUGGGGUCCGCGGCGCCCGUGCCGUACUUCAACUCGUGGUUCGCGGCGGACAUGCUCGCGGAGAACGACACGGACCUGGUGGCGGACCCCGCGCACGGGACGUACGAGGACCUGAAACACACCCCCCGGUCUGCCACGUCAGGGCUCCCGCUGGACCACGUGAAGCACUACCGGCUCGGCGGGUACGCCAAGGGGCGCCUGCACAAGCAGUCGGACACGGAGCAGAUGUCGGAGUCGGCGUUCGGACCCAUGGGGAGCAAGCUGCUCAAGUACCCGGGGCUCGACACGUGGUGA